AUGAAGAAGUCCGAAAACACCCCAGUUUGGAUAGUUCCAAAAAAGGUCGACGCCAGUGGAAAACAAAAGUGGCGAAUGGCGAUCGAUUACAGAAAACUGAACGAAAAAACAGUUUCUGAUAAAUAUCCAAUCCCAAAUAUUGCCGAGAUCCUUGACAAGUUGGGCAAAUGCCUAUACUUCUCAACUCUCGACCUCGCCAGUGGAUUCCAUCAAAUUGAAAUGGAACCUGUAGAUAUCCCCAAAACAGCCUUCACCGUGGAGGGAGGUCAUUACGAAUAUGUAAGGAUGCCGUCCGGACUAAAGAAUGCCCCGGCAACCUUUCAAAGGGUAAAGGACAACCUGCUUAGGGACCUUAUUGGAAAUACCUGUCUAGUUUACCUAGACGACAUAAUCGUGUUCUCAACAUCUUUAGAAGAACACAUUGUUAAACUAGAAAAUGUCUUUAAAAAAAUCGAACAGUCUAACCUUAAAAUACAAUUGGAUAAAUCGUAUUUUCUACAAAAAGAAAUAGUAUUCCUUGGUCACAUAGUGACACCAGAAGGAAUAAAACCAAACCCUGAUAAAAUUCAGGCAAUUAAAAUGUUCCCAAUUCCCAAAACACAGAAGGAAGUAAAAUCAUUCAUAGGUCUCGUUAGCUACUAUAGGAAAUUUAUAAAAGAUCUUGCGAGGAUAACUAAACCAAUGACAGCUUCUUUAAAAAAAAGGUGGCAAAGUUUCACACAAAAAUGAAUUUAUUAAAUUUUUGACCCCAUUUUAAUCCACCCAGAUUUUCAGAAAAAAUUCAUACUGACCACUGACACAAGUAAUUUUGCUCUUGGUGCGGUAUUAUCUCAAGGUAAUAUCGGAAGCGAUAAGCCAAUCUGUUUUGCGAGCCGAACACUAUCUCAAAGUGAAACCAACUAUUCAAAAAUUGAAAAAGAACUCUUAGCAAUAAUACCCGUGAAUGAAGAAGUCCGAAAACACGUAGAUGACCUCUUAAAACAGGGUAUUAUCCGCUCAAGCUACUCCCCUUGGAGCAGCCCAGUUUGGAUAGUUCCAAAAAAGGUCGACGCCAGUGGAAAACAAAAGUGGCGAAUGGUGAUCGAUUACAGAAAACUGACCGAAAAAACAGUUUCUGAUAAAUAUCCAAUCCCAAAUAUUGCCGAGAUCCUUGACAAGUUGGGCAAAUGCCUAUACUUCUCAACUCUCGACCUCGCCAGUGGAUUCCAUCAAAUUGAAAUGGAACCUGUAGAUAUCCCCAAAACAGCCUUCACCGUGGAGGGAGGUCAUUACGAAUAUGUAAGGAUGCCGUCCGGACUAAAGAAUGCCCCGGCAACCUUUCAAAAGGUAAUGGACAACCUGCUUAGGGACCUUAUUGGAAAUACCUGUCUAGUUUACUUAGACGACAUAAUCGUGUUCUCAACAUCUUUAGAAGAACACAUUGUUAAACUAGAAAAUGUCUUUAAAAAAAUCAAACAGUCUAACCUUAAAAUACAAUUGGAUAAAUCGUAUUUUCUACAAAAAGAAAUAGCAUUCCUUGGUCACAUAGUGACACCAGAAGGAAUAAAACCAAACCCUGAUAAAAUUCAGGCAAUUAAAAUGUUCCCAAUUCCCAAAACACAGAAGGAAGUAAAAUCAUUCAUAGGUCUCGUUAGCUACUAUAGGAAAUUUAUAAAAGAUCUUGCGAUUAUAACGAAACCAAUGACAGCUUCUUUAAAAAAAGGUGGCAAAGUUUCACACACAAAUAAAUUUAUUAAAUCUUUCGAAGACUGCAAACAAUUACUUUGCAAUGACCCCAUUUUAAUCCACCCAGAUUUUCAGAAAAAAUUCAUACUGACCACUGACACAAGUAAUUUUGCUCUUGGUGCGGUAUUAUCUCAAGGUAAUAUCGGAAGCGAUAAGCCAAUCUGUUUUGCGAGCCGAACACUAUCUCAAAGUGAAACCAACUAUUCAACAAUUGAAAAAGAACUCUUAGCAAUAAUACCCGUGAAUGAAGAAGUCCGAAAACACGUAGAUGACCUCUUAAAACAGGGUAUUAUCCGCUCAAGCUACUCCCCUUGGAGCAGCCCAGUUUGGAUAGUUCCAAAAAAGGUCGACGCCAGUGGAAAACAAAAGUGGCGAAUGGUGAUCGAUUACAGAAAACUGACCGAAAAAACAGUUUCUGAUAAAUAUCCAAUCCCAAAUAUUGCCGAGAUCCUUGACAAGUUGGGCAAAUGCCUAUACUUCUCAACUCUCGACCUCGCCAGUGGAUUCCAUCAAAUUGAAAUGGAACCUGUAGAUAUCCCCAAAACAGCCUUCACCGUGGAGGGAGGUCAUUACGAAUAUGUAAGGAUGCCGUCCGGACUAAAGAAUGCCCCGGCAACCUUUCAAAGGGUAAUGGACAACCUGCUUAGGGACCUUAUUGGAAAUACCUGUCUAGUUUACCUAGACGACAUAAUCGUGUUCUCAACAUCUUUAGAAGAACACAUUGUUAAACUAGAAAAUGUCUUUAAAAAAAUCAAACAGUCUAACCUUAAAAUACAAUUGGAUAAAUCGUAUUUUCUACAAAAAGAAAUAGCAUUCCUUGGUCACAUAGUGACACCAGAAGGAAUAAAACCAAACCCUGAUAAAAUUCAGGCAAUUAAAAUGUUCCCAAUUCCCAAAACACAGAAGGAAGUAAAAUCAUUCAUAGGUCUCGUUAGCUACUAUAGGAAAUUUAUAAAAGAUCUUGCGAUUAUAACGAAACCAAUGACAGCUUCUUUAAAAAAAGGUGGCAAAGUUUCACACACAAAUAAAUUUAUUAAAUCUUUCGAAGACUGCAAACAAUUACUUUGCAAUGACCCCAUUUUAAUCCACCCAGAUUUUCAGAAAAAAUUCAUACUGACCACUGACACAAGUAAUUUUGAUCUUGGUGCGGUAUUAUCUCAAGCUAAUAUUGGAAGCGAUAAGCCAAUCUGUUUUGCGAGCCGAACACUAUCUCAAAGUGAAACCAACUAUUCAACAAUUGAAAAAGAACUCUUAGCAAUAAUACCCGUGAAUGAAGAAGUCCGAAAACACGUAGAUAACCUCUUAAAACAGGGUAUUAUCCGCUCAAGCUACUCCCCUUGGAGCAGCCCAGUUUGGAUAGUUCCAAAAAAGGUCGACGCCAGUGGAAAACAAAAGUGGCGAAUGGUGAUCGAUUACAGAAAACUGACCGAAAAAACAGUUUCUGGUAAAUAUCCAAUCCCAAAUAUUGCCGAGAUCCUUGACAAGUUGGGCAAAUGCCUAUUCUUCUCAACUCUCGACCUCGCCAGUGGAUUCCAUCAAAUUGAAAUGGAACCUGUAGAUAUCCCCAAAACAGCCUUCACCGUGGAGGGAGGUCAUUACGAAUAUGUAAGGAUGCCGUCCGGACUAAAGAAUGCCCCGGCAACCUUUCAAAGGGUAAUGGACAACCUGCUUAGGGACCUUAUUGGAAAUACCUGUCUAGUUUACCUAGACGACAUAAUCGUGUUCUCAACAUCUUUAGAAGAACACAUUGUUAAACUAGAAAAUGUCUUUAAAAAAAUCAAACAGUCUAACCUUAAAAUACAAUUGGAUAAAUCGUAUUUUCUACAAAAAGAAAUAGCAUUCCUUGGUCACAUAGUGACACCAGAAGGAAUAAAAGCAAACCCUGAUAAAAUUCAGGCAAUUAAAAUGUUCCCAAUUCCCAAAACACAGAAGGAAGUAAAAUCAUUCAUAGGUCUCGUUAGCUACUAUAGGAAAUUUAUAAAAGAUCUUGCGAUUAUAACGAAACCAAUGACAGCUUCUUUAAAAAAAGGUGGCAAAGUUUCACACACAAAUAAAUUUAUUAAAUCUUUCGAAGACUGCAAACAAUUACUUUGCAAUGACCCCAUUUUAAUCCACCCAGAUUUUCAGAAAAAAUUCAUACUGACCACUGACACAAGUAAUUUUGCUCUUGGUGCGGUAUUAUCUCAAGGUAAUAUCGGAAGCGAUAAGCCAAUCUGUUUUGCGUAA